AUGGCUCUGGGGGGCUCUCCUGUGACGGUGGUCCAGCUCCCUGGGGGUCAGUUCCAGGUGCAGGGGGUGAUCCAGUCGUCGGUCAUCCAGUCCCCACAGGUGCAGACUGUUCAGGUAAGAGGAGCUCCUCAACAACCAGGAACUAGGCCUGGGCCCUUGUUCAUAAAGCAUCUCAAAGUAGGAGUGCUGAUCAAGAUUACAUGGACAGGGGGAACCUGAUCCUAGAUCAGCACCCAUCUCUGAGAUGCUGUAUGAAUACUGGCCCUGGACUACAGUGCCUCUGGAUGACAGUGAGGUGUACCCUGUUCUUCUAGCAUAACUUAAAUCUCUGUUAGCCUUUAUCCUACACGUUAUCUUGCCAAAUGGUAUUACUGGGGUAAAUGUGCGAUUGAUGGGAGGGUAUCUCUAUCUUGUACACCCUAGAACCACCACAUUCUGAUUUUAGGUAUUAAGUAAACAUGGUAGAUGAGUAACCCACCAUGUCCUGGCAUCUCUUCUCUCCUCCACAGGGCCAGGGCUCAGACAGUGACGACUCCCAGGACUCCUCAGACAGUGGAGCCUACGCCCAGAAGACCAGAGAUAUACUGGCCAGACGGCCCUCCUACAGGUAGCUGCCACCGCACUGUUGUGUCCAAAGUUGCCCAUUUAAUGGUGAAAAUAAGUGUGUGCAGACUGCAAAGGUCACUGCUGGUGAUGGACUGGGAUGUUAAAUAGUAUCCAUGAUGAUGUGCAAAAACAGUCAAUCUCAAUUUAGAAGUAGUGAACUGAAAUCCAACAAUGAUGCUACAUUGAUGUUACAUUUUGGAUGUUUAAUAGUGAGCCACCUAUUCUCCAUUAAUUUUCCAGUCUCAUUAGUUUGAUUCUGUAGCAUAGACAGUGUUUGUUGUUUUGGCAGAAGGAGGUAAUUGACAGACAUAUAAUGGGUAAUUCUAUCCUGGUGGUCUGUAGAAAGAUCCUCAAUGAGCUGUCUGCUGAGGAGGUGGCGUCACAGAACGAGGGAGAGGGUGACAACCCUGCUUCCUCUGGCAUGACCACAGUUACAAUGCCCAACACCCAGACAAUCUACCAGACCAGCAGCGGCCAGUACAGUAAGGGUUGCCCUACUACAUAGCACUACAACAACCACAUAACACGUCCUACCAAUGCAUCACUUUGUCAUCAUAAAUAGAUUAUACAGUUGGAUAUUGUUAGAAUUGGAGGCAUUUGUUAAGUAAUGGAUCAUCAAUGAUGGGCUUCUGCAGUUUUGUGAAAAUAUACCACACCGCAGGGGAUGGGUAGUGCAAAAUGGCUCCUGAGGUGUGGUCAGGCACUUGUUGAGUAAGUAUGGGCGGCAGGUAGUUUAGUGGGUAAGAGCGUUGUGCCAGUAACCGAAAGGUCGCUGGUUCUAAUCCCCAAGCCAACUAGGUGAAAAGUCUGUCGAUGCAAGGCACUUAACCCUAAUUGCUCCUGUAAGUCGCUCUGGAUAAGAGCGUCUGCUAAAUGACUAAAAUGUCAAAAAAUGUAAGGGAUCAUCAAUGAUGGGCUACUGCAGUUUUGUGAAAAUAUACCACACCGCAAGGGACAGGGAGUGCAAAAUGGCUGCCGUGGUGUGUUCAUGGUGUGUGUGCUCCCGACGCAUACCAUUGGGAACACACACAUGGUUUGUGUGUGUUCCCAAGGCAACAGCAAGGCCACAUAAAGCAUACUCAAAUGUGUGUCGACUAUGUCGAUGGAUGAAAUCCUCAGUUUAAUGACAAAUGUAACUAAAUGUAAUCUAAAAUGUAAUCUACGUUUAUUUUAAUUUAACCUUUUAUUUAACUAGGCAAGUCAAUUAAGAACAAUUUCUUAUUUACAAUGAUGGCCUAAAGUAAUUGUUUAUAAUGAGAGGGCCAUAAAAAAUAACUAGUAAUGCUGCAUACUCCAAGAAACCUCACCUUUCUGACAAAAAAUAGUUAUAAAUUGCUGAGGUGUAGUCACUUUUGGACACAAGCUCAAGUACACAGUACAAAUAUGAUACAAAUUAGAAAUAUUUUGAUGUAUUUCCUAUUGAACAAAACUGUAUAAAUAAGGCUUGAACUUACUUAUAUGCUCUCUAAAUAUAGAAUAAUCAAAUUAUAAAACAACUAAGAUUUCACCUUCCUUAUAACUGUAAAAUACAUAUUUGUAUGUUUAGUGUUAGAGAAAAUGUGCACAUUUUCUAAAGGUCUCUCUUGAUCAAAACGUCUGCCCCCACCACUGUGAACGUUUAGCUUGGCUUCCUGAACUCGUUAGGAACUCGCCUUUCAUCUCAUGUUAAUCUUGUCCAUCUAUGACAGUGUUUUUUGUUGAAAGUCUAUUAUUUUAGAUUACUUUGAUCAAGUUUGCUAUAAAUCGAUCUCUGAAUGUGCUAGAGUGACGAAACCACUCUCCCCUGCUGCACUACGAUUGCAGGCAUGUGCUUUGUCAGUGGCUGUGAUGUAGGGUUCAGCCAGGAGUUGGACAGUCACCACAGCUUCAAGUAAUGUCAGACUUCAAGACCUUGUCACACAGGCAGAAGAGAUAUACUCCUGUGUCCGUGAGAACCUGGGCUACCGCUCAAUGCAAGCCAUUUCGAUCUGCUGUGUCCAUGUAACAUGUUAACUUCUGUGCAGCAUGAGUAGGGAGCUAACACACUUGAAUAAUGCAACACGGCAUGUAGAAAUGUUGAAACUGUUAAUUACUGUUCGCAAAACAAUGUCCAUACAGGCUAAAACACGUUAUAAAGCAUCUGGUAUCGACUUUCCAUAUUGGUGCCCAUCACUAGUAGUUACUAUUGCCCCUAACUUCCUGUGUGUUUAUUGUCUGUAGUUACCAUCGGCCCUAACUUCCUGUCUGUUUGUCUGUAGUAACCAUCGGCCCUAACUUCUUGUCUGUUUGUCUGUAGUUACCAUUGCCCCUAACGGCACCAUUCAACUGGCCAACACGGGGUCAGAGAGCCUUCAGGGGUUACAGACUCUCACCAUGACCAACUCAGGCCAACAGCAGGGCACCACCAUCCUACAGUACGCCCAGACGCCCGACGGACAGCAGAUACUCGUGCCCAGCAACCAGGUGGUCGUACAGAGUGAGUAUGGCUUCAUGACUCACGGUAAGCUUUGAGAUGAUACCAUAAGGAGAAGUACCCAGUAGUUUUCUCGUUGUCACUGAAGCCUCCCUGAAGGUGUGUAAAAAAAAAAGGACUGAUCCCAGCUUGCAGACCACAUUGUAAUGUGUUGAGAUUAUAAAGAGGAGAUGCCCUCAUCUAUUGUUUUGAUUGGCCUCAUCCCCCUCAGGUGCAGGAGGAGAGAUGCAGACGUACCAGAUCCGCACGGCGCCCACAGCGCAACAGACCGUGGUCAUGACUUCCCCUGUAGGAAUGUCUGAGCAAAAGACUGGCAACCCCACCAUGAAGAGAGAGAUCCGCCUCGCCAAGAACAGGUGUGUGUGGGGAUAAGGACGUGGUAUGAUGGGACUGUGUGUGUAUGAGAAGUGUUGUGGCAGUGCACAGUUGGUUCCUUGAGCUCUGGUGGACAUUCCUGCUGUCAGCAUGCCAAUUGCAUGCUCCCUCAAAACUUGAAACAUUUGUGGCAUUGUGUUGUGUGACAGAACUGCACAUUUUAAAGUGGCCUUUUAUUGUCCCAAGCACAAGGUGCACCUGUAUAAUGAUCAUGCUGUUUAAUCAUCUUCUUGAUAUGCCACACCUGUCAGGUGGAUGGAUUAUCUUGACAAAGGAGAAAUGCUCACAAACAGGGAUGUAAGCAAAUGUGUGCACAAAAUGUUAGAGAAAUAAGCUUGGAACAUUUCUGUGUUUUUUAUUUUAUUUUACUUUUUAAACUCAUGAAACAUGGGACUAACACUUUACAUGUUGCGUUUAUAUUUUUGUUCAGUGUAUAUAGCUUUGUAAAACUAUAAAUUACCAACCACCCAGCUUUGGAGUAGUUACAGUUGAAGUCGGAAGUUUACAUACACUUAGGUUGGAGUCAUUAAAACUCGUUUUUCAACCACUCCGCAAAUUUCUUAUUAACAAACUAUAGUUUUGGCAAGUCGACAUUACACAAGUAAUUUUUCCAACAAUUGUUUACAGACAGUUUAUUUCACUUAUAAUUCACUGUAUCACAAUUCCAGUGGGGUCAGAAGUUUACAUACACUAAGUUGACUGUGCCUUUAAACAGCUUGGAAAAUUCCAGAAAAUGAUGUCAUGGCUUUAGAAGCUUCUGAUAGGCUAAUUGACAUAAUUUGAGUCAAUUUGAGGUGUACCUGUGGAUGUAUUUCAAGGCCUACCUUCAAACUCAGUAGCUCUUUGCUUGACAUCAUGGGAAAAUCAAAAGAAAUCAGCCAAGACCUCAGGAAAAAAUAAGGUUCAUCCUUGGGAGCAAUUUCCAAACGCCUGAAGGUACCACGUUCAUCUGUACAAACAAUAGUACGCAAGUAUAAACACCAUGGGACCACGCAGCCGUCAUACCGCUCAGGAAGGAGACGCGUUCUGUCUCCUAGAGAUGAACGUACUUUGUUGCGAAAAGUGCAAAUCAAUCCCAGAACAACAGCAAAGGACCUUGUGAAGAUGCUGGAGGAAACGGGUACAAAAGUAUCUAUAUCCACAGUAAAACGAGUCCUAUAUCGACAUAACCUGAAAGGCCGCUCAGCAAGGAAGAAGCCACUGCUCCAAAACCGCCAUAAAAAAGCCAGACUACGGUUUGCAACUGCACAUGGGGACAAAGAUCGUACUUUUUGGAGAAAUAUCCUCUGGUCUGAUUAAACAAAAAUAUAACUGUUUGGCCAUUAUGACCAUCGUUAUGUUUGGAGGAAAAAGGGGGUGGCUUGCAAGCUGAAGAACACCAUCCCAACCGUGAAGCACGGGGGUGGCAGCAUCAUUUCGUGGGGGUGCUUUGCUGCAGGAGGGACUGGUGCACCUCACAAAAUAGAUGGCAUCAUGAGGACGGAACAUUAUGUGGCUAUAUUGAAGCAACAUCUCAAGACAUCAGUCAGGAAGUUAAAGCUUGGUCGCAAAUGGGUCUUCCAAAUGGACAAUGACCCCAAGCAUACUUCCAAAGUUGUGGCAAAAUGGCUUAAGGACAACAAAGUCAAGGUAUUGGAGUGGCCAUCACAAAGCCCUGACCUCAAUCCUAUAGAAAAUUUGUGGGCAGAACUGAAAAAGCGUGUGCGAGCAAGGAGGCCUACAAACCUGACUCAGUUACACCAGCUCUGUCAGGAGGAAUGGGCCAAAAUUCACCCAACUUAUUGUGGGACGCUUGUGGAAGGCUACCCAAAACGUUUGACCCAAGUUAAACAAUUUAAAGGCAAUGCUACCAAAUACUAAUUGAGUGUAUGUAAACAUCUGACCCAAUGGGAAGGUGAUGAAAGAAAUAAAAGCUGAAAUAAAUCAUUCUCUCUACUAUUAUUCUGCAUUUCACAUUCUUAAAAUAAAGUGGUGAUCCUAACUGACCUAAGACAGGGAAUUUUUACUAGGAUAGAAAUGUCAGGAAUUGUAAAAAAACUGAGUUUAAAUGGAUUUGGCUAAGGUGUAUGUAAACUUCCGACUUCAACUGUAGGUCUAUUUCCCUGCUUUUGAGAGGAGCUGGCUACUGUACAUGGAGACUUCCAGCAAUUGCGCUAAGCUAACGAUUUGCUAACUUAAAUAAUGUACAAACGGUACGUAGAAACAUAAAAAUUGUAUCCAUGAGCUCAUGUGACUCUGGGUAAGUAGAACGACGACCUAAAUCUAACAGUAUCCCUUUAAAUGUAAUCCUCUAAAGCAGUUUUCUGUGUUUCUCCCUGGCAGGGAAGCGGCACGUGAGUGUCGCAGGAAGAAGAAGGAAUACGUCAAGUGUCUCGAGAACCGUGUGGCCGUGCUGGAGAACCAGAACAAGACUCUCAUUGAGGAACUCAAGACGUUAAAGGACCUAUACUGUGUCAAAACAGGAUAACAAGGAGGACAAGAAGAGAAGCCAGCCAGCAAGCGGGACUUUUACCGUCAGCGAGCGGCUCUGCUCUGCCACAUGGACAAUGCGGGGUUAACCGGGGAACACCUUUCAUUUCAGACCUGAAAUCACCCUCCUCAGUUUGUUUUAUACUCUUUGUUUUAACAAACGUGUCGCGGGCGGUGGCAAUGGGAUGUGUCCAUAUAAAAGACAAUGAAAGGGUGUGAAAGAGAGGUUGGCUGUUUUUAAUCAAAGUAUUUUUUUUUUAGCUAAUGGAUUGGAUAACUAACGCUUAAAUGUUUAUAUUUGUGUAUAUUUUAUGAGCACAUGGGAGGCGUGAAUUGUGAGCUUUAUCAUUGACAUUCAAUUUCCAAUUGUGUCCCCCUUUGCCAGAAUCAGCUCCUUAUGUUCCCCCCCCAAUUUGUUUAAAGAAAAGUGUAGCAGUAGGAUCAAUCUGCUGUUUUUAACAUCAAACAAUUUGCAGCCAAAUUGUUAUUGUAUGGUUACAAUUCAUGUAUCUUAUUGCAUGGUGUAUCUUUUAUGUGAACCAGCUAUUUCCACCCCCACCCCCCUUUCUUUCCCCCAUGAGGAAAUGUUACAAGUCUCAUUCCUUACCCUUGUCCAGAGAGAUGUAAGGGGUGUUUGAAAAUAUAACAUUGUGUAAGGCUGAAUUGGCUGUUACUAAGACAAUCACGCAAUGUCAGGGUAAUAUUUAUUUUAUAUUUCUG